CUCCUUUUCGAUUUCGAUCAGAGUCUUUUCUCUUUUCAUUUUUCAUUUCGUAUCCAUCUUUUUAGCAGUUUAGCUCGUCACUCCGUUUUCUCUUCAGGGUAGACUAAAAUUUUCUGAAAUUUUACGGUAAAAGAGCGAUUUUAAUAAAUAGAGGUUCAUUUAAUAGCGUACAGAGAGUUGAUCUUUCGAUUGACCAAAAAAUAAUCUAAGAAUUUUGAACAUUUGACUCAGAAAAAGUGAAUUUAAAUUAGACAUUUAGAGGAAUGACGCCCACUAGCUGCCAUUAUUAUGGGCGUUGGCUGGGGUUCGACGUGUAGCUUUUUCAUCAAGAUUGUGUAAAAACUAUUUGAAAAUUUGUAGUUUUUAAGUAGUUUUAGGAAUAUAUUUUAUAAAUAAAGUAAUAAUUGAAGAUUCCUGGUUCCUUGGGCGCUGUAAAAUUACCUACAUUCUACAUUUAGGGGAGCGUAUCAAAUUACAACAAUGCCACGCAUUGAUCCUCUCCAACUUCUGAAAUGCCUCUCGGUGCUGCUGAGCCCCGAAGGUGGCAUCCUAUCGCGUAAUGAGGUACCAAGACUGGUUAGUUUGAUGACGAAAUUCUCCAAGAAACUGGUCAGCAAAUGCGUCUACGUGCUGAUCCUGAAAAACACCGAAACCAGUCUGGUCGACAUGUUCAUGGCCGAGAACGGAUGGACCUUGGUCCAGUCUUGGUUGCAGGACGCCGUCCCGACUGGAAAUUGGGAUUUGGUGAAGGAGAUUCUGGAGCUUCUGCUCGUCACGCCAGUGGACGUUGACAGACUGAAAUUGAACUGCCUGCCCAAGCUCAUUAAGAGCUUGACUAGGAAGGAGGGUCAACCUGAAAUUGCAAGGCUCUCAGACCGAAUUGUUCAAAACUGGUUGAUGAUAGUCAAAGGUUCAGCUUCCAGCAUAGCUGCCUCUGGUCCAGCGCUGGUUCCAGUUCCAAUGCCCAAGAUUGAAGCGCCUGAGUUGAAAGUUGAAAAAAAUGAAACGAAGUUAGAACCCAUAGAACCUAAGAAAGAAGCUGAUGAGGUAAUUGAUGAAAAUACAGGCCCUAUCAAACCAGAUAGUUUCUAUAAGUUAACCGUUAAAGAUGGCAAGCAAGUUAUUAAAAAACUAUCUGUAGAAAAAGACAAUGAAAAAGAUGAAACUGAUAAAAAGAAUGACAAAGAAAAGUCUUCAAAAUCGAGUUCGUCUUCAAGAAGUAAAUCAAGUUCCAGUAGCCGGGAUAAAGACAGGAGCAAAUCAUCGAGUCGUUCUGGAAGCAGCAGCAGCAAAUCAGGCAGUAGUAGUAGUAGCAGGGAUAAAAGUAGAGAUAAAGAUCGCGAUAGAAAGGAUAAAGACAGAAAAGGUUCAUCAUCAAAAUCAAGUCCAAAAAGCAGCCAUUCUAGUAGUAGCAGCAGCAGCAGCAGGAGUAAAGAUAAAAAAGAUUCCAGAGAAAAAAGCAAAGAUUCUAAAGAUUCCAAAGAAAAUCAAACUGAAAAAGAUAAAGACGCCUUGGACAAAUUAUUAAAUCCAAAACCUUUCAAAUCGGCAAGGAUACCUAAACUAUCAUCAAAUGAUAAGCCAAAAGAAAAUAAACCCGAUGAAAAGCCAAAGGAAAACAAACCCGAACCUGAAGUAAAGAAACCAUCUUAUUCCAUAUUGAACCGCAAAUCUACAGGCGAAGAAAGAGGCAAAACUGUGAAAGUCUUCAACUCCAAGAUGCGUUCCACUGGUUUGGAAGAAAUAGCAAAGCCACCUCCGAAACGUUCCUCAAAAAAACCAACUCCUUCCAUCCAACUACCCACGAUUCCACUGAAGCGUCCAUCGCCACCUAGAGAAUCCUUGGUGCCUCCCGAGAAGAAAAUUAAAAUCGACAAAGUCGAUAAACCCGAUAGGCCUGGCGCCAUCAAGCUGAUUGCUCCUAAACCAAAACCGAUCCUUUUGCAAGAGAGCGACAUGUUCAGCGACGCACUUACAGCAGCGGCGCCGAAAAAAGACCCCAAAAAACGAAAGCGCAGGCUCAGCUCCACAAAAGAAGCUACCGAGUCUACCGCAGGUGACGCUCCUACACCCACGUCUCCUUCGACACCUUCAAGCCCGACAACUUUGAAGAACAUCGCCCCAAUCAAUUUCUACCAAGAUACGUUAUCUGAACAAUCGGAGAAAAGCGAAACGGAAAAGGAGGAAGAGGCCGAUGCUGAUGAAGAAAAUAACGACGAAAAUAUUCCUAAGUCGCCUACUAAGGAUGAGGAUGAUGAUGAUGAUGAAGAAACACGAUCAGAUAGCCCAACUGCUGAUAUAAAAAUAAAAAUUGAAAAUGAAAAUAUGCCUUCUCCAGCCAAGCAAAUAAAACUCGAAAUUAAAUCAGCUGGAGAACUUAAGGGUAUACUCGUUCACGAAAAGAAACAGUCUGUAAAGAGAUCUAUUCAAUGGAAACCAGAAAAAGACUUAGUGGAAACAAGAUAUUUCGAACUAGAUGAAACCGAAAGAAUAAAUGUAACUAAAACUUUCACGGACAUGGCUAAAAUGGACAUUGAUGGCGAAAGGGAAGCCAUGAUCAACUCAAGAAUUUCAAGCGACGAUAAAAUGGCACCCGCAAUAAAGUGGUACGCGCCUUUCCUCUGCGACGAACUCAAAUCCCUUAUCGUUCCUGGAACAAAAAGCUUGGAAAAAGAUAUUCAAUUUGCCCGCGAAAAACAGGUUCCAGCUGCUGAGUAUUUCAACAAACGCAUGAUUCCCGACAAUCCUAAAGAACCCGAAAUAGAAGUGCAUCAAAAAAUCGAUCCUUUCUGUAUACCGCUCGAAGACCCUGAGGGACACGUCAUCGAUUUGUCAAACAAGCCAUGGCCCGAAUCGAAAGGCUUCGAUCCGAAAAUGGAAAUACAACAACAAAUGCCCCCCAUGUUUCCAGGCAAUAAUAUGCCAUUCAAUCCCAAUUUUAAUAAUAUGCCCCCUGCCGGAGUACAAUUUGUUGGAGUUCCGCAAAGGUUCCCAGGGCCUGGUCCUAUGAUGGGACCAGCCAAUUUCCAGCCACCCCACAUGAUGCACAACAAUAUGAUGGUACCACAGAUGAACCAACCGGAUAUGAUGAAUGGCGGUCAAAUGAAUCCGGCUAUGUUCGCUCCUGGACCUGAUGGUUUCAUGGGCGUACCAAACGAGCAACCAUAUCCCAUGCCACAGUUCAAUGGAGGACCUCAAGGGCCGAUGUAUGUUCCAAAUAACUUCAGGGGUGCCAACAAUGGUGGUCGAGGUGGUGGUUUUCGGAGAGGUGGUGGCGGUGGAAAUGGAGGUGGCGGCUGGGUACAGGUUAACGGUCCGCGGCCUUGGAAAAGAGGUUCGGGGCCCCACAGAGGUAGUAAUAGGCCGUGCAAAAAUAUCCAAAAUCAUGGCUAUUGUAGGAACUUAGACUCUUGUCCUUUCAGACACUAGCAAUAGGCAAACAGCCUUGUGCGAAUUUCUUCAAAUUGUGAUAUUAGCCAGUAAAAAACUAAUUAUUUUGCCUCAAGUUUUAUUGGGGUUGAACUUAGAUAAUCGUCGAGAAGAUGGACAUUCAAAGUCUUUAUAUGUAGACAAAGUAAGGACAAAUUUUAAACUUUUUCUGUAGAUUGGGCUUCAAAUAAGUUGGGCGAUUGAAUGAUGUACAUAAUUAUUUAUAGACCUCAGUGAUAUUAAUUUAUAUUUCUCUUUAUUGUAAAUUUGUAUUCCUGCCUGGAUAUGGAUGUGUUUUUUAUUAUCAAUUGAUUAUUACAAAAAAUUUUGUUGACUUUUUGAACCGUUGACAAUAUUGUAUAUAUAACUUCUUAAGAGUU